ACAAGUUGUGGUUGGUGGUGUGUUUGCGUUUUCAGCACGUCCCGUCCGCCGUCGGCACGCUCUAUGCCGUCUCGCUCCCCUAAAUCCCUCUCUUGGUUGCAUUUGCUUUGUGUGCCGGAUGCAUUUCGGGAUGCAUCGUACCACCAACCAUGGCUACUAGUCGGAUACCAUGUGCAAGAGCAUUCGAAAAGCAGAGCGAGAGAGAGAGAGAGAAAGAACGAAGGAGAGAGCAUUUUCGUGAUAUAUGCUGCCGAUUGGGAUUCCGCCGUUUUUGAACCGUACAAUUUUAUCUCCCUGGCAAUAUAGACGGGGAAAUCUAUUUCGUCAUCCAUUACAACAAACCAUCGCACUGAAUACUCUGUUCCGUACCGCGUACGCGACCACCAUUUUGAAACGCAACGAUCGUACGGAUUGCAUUAACGUUCGACGUUGCUUCUUACUACUCGCCCUAUAGAUCGGCUCAAAAAAUCGCGACGGUAAUGAAGUUCAGAAUUUGGUUUUUUUUAUAUUACGUUGCAGUGCACUAAUGUGAUCCAAAAAGAAUAUCUGUCAAUGCCAUACUAUUGCUUCGUGCAAUGUGUGCAAUCGGAAGAAAGAUGAUUCAAUAUUCGGCAAUUUAUAUAGCUGUGUGAAAUGACUAACAGAUACGUAGCUAAAAAAUCCCAUACAAACUCAGUUUGUUCCCAUUUUGUACGUAGUUUUCUUUCUAUUAUUUUUGGUAUUUGUUAAGUAAAUAUACCCAACGUUGGUUUCGCCCUGUACUGCGUCACAAGUGAAGAGUGAGAAGAGAGACACCCCGAUGCAUGGGCGUACGAAAUCCAAAGCACGGGUGUGCGUGAUAACGCAGAGAAAGCAAAUCUUUGAGCAGUGAAAAAAAAACCGUCCACGGGGUGCGAUAAGAAAAACGAAGCAAAGGACGAAGAGGAAAACCAACAAAAAAGGAGCAAGUGCGCGCGACACAUGAUGAGAAAAGCAACUAGUAAAGGCCGCAAAUUUCAACGUAUCUGGAAUGUGAUAGAAGGAAACACAAACCGAAUUAAAAGACGGGAGGGCACGUUACAAAACGUGCGCGUGAAAAGUGUGAGUGAAUUACGCACGUGUGUACGUGUGUAUGCGUGUGUGGUUUUAAUGUCGUGGAUCUUCGCGGUACCGGAGAUCGAUCUGUUUUUCCGCGUGGUAUAUGUGUACCGCUGGUGCUAUUCUCACAAACUCGGCAUAGUAUAGGCUUGUUCGCGUUUGCCGCUGUGCGUUGAUCGGACGUAAAAAAAACACAAAGGAACCCACGAAGCAGAGGAAAGAAAGACUAAAAAAAAGCAAACUGUCGAAACAGAAGUAUAAAUCACGAUUAUGGCACUGCUAUCCAAUGGUGCUUCUUCGAUGCAGAUAACAGCACAGGCGGCCAACGGUGGUCCGAACGGUGGUGGCCCCGAUGGCGCAGGAGACUUCAACUCCAACGAUCAUAUCUUCUUCUCAAGUCUGUUUAACGCGUUGCCGUGCUGGGAUGCACCGCACAAACCGAGCUCGGGACCAGUUAUGGUUCCACAAAGCAAUAACAACACUUCACUAGAUCGUGAUAGUAUAAGUAUUACGGAGGAUAUAUUAUUUACCAAUGUUUUGGGUGCAAUCGGUACGGGCAGCAGCAGCAGCGGCAGUGGAAGUGGUGGACCCAUUGGAAUGGGCCAUGUCGGCAUCAUCGGUUCAUCAGCCAACGGUCCAAACAGUGGCGGACAUCUCGCACAUGUGACGAACUCUUCGAAUGAAAUUUUCGGUGUAAUAGGAUCCAACUGUACGAGCCAUGCUCAGCUAACCCCGGGUACUUCACCGCAGACAAAUUCCUCCAACGGCAGCCAUUGCCCGUCGUCCGUAGGGGCAAUCUGUGGACGAUGCGACACACAUGCCUCCAGUCGCUGCCUUGACUGUAACGAUGUGUUGUGCGAGGACUGUACGCUGCUGCAUUCAAAGAAUGCCUUUACGAAGGAUCACUGCAUGAUUUCGAUAAACACAAUCUCACCUAUCGGUUCGGCACCGUGCAUGAUGCAAGGGAAUGGCCUCGUUAGUAGUAACGGUGGCGGACCUUCCAAUGGACCCAUGUCAGGAGUGGUAAUGUCCGAACCGCAUUGUGAUGUUCAUGGCGAAGUGUUGCGCUACCUUUGCGAAUCCUGCAAGAAGGUUGUCUGUCAAGAGUGCACCCUCUGGGAUCACAAGGACCAUUCGUGCAUUCCCGUGUCAAAUAUUUCACAUGGUGCGUCUGAGAAGAUAUUGUCGAUUCUGGAAAGUGGCAAGCUGGGCACAAAAUACAUAAAAGCCAGUAUUGAUCGCGCCGUCACGUACUCGCAGGCCGUUGAAAGGGACGCAAUGGAAGCGUCGGCUCGCAUACGCAAAGCGAUGCGCCACUUUAUUCUAGCCGCCGAAGAUCGCGAACGCACAUUGCUGGAUCGGGUGGACAAAUUUCGGCAACAGAAGCUGACUUCCCUCUCCGAUCAGAUGGCUGGACUACGUGCCGCCCUUGCGGGGCUAUCACAGACGUCCGAUAUGCUAACGAAGGCCCUGGACUCUGUAUCGGUGAUGGGCAGCAUGGAGAUUGCGAAGACACUGACAACGGGCGAAAGUCAGAUGGAACAGUUUGCGGCUAUGUACAAGAACCUGCAACCGAAGGAAGAAUUUAUCACGUUCGUGGCUCCAAACUUUGAGCUGCUGCAGGAAAUUCGAAUGCAGGGUGAUGUGAUGCUGGUUGGUCAACGCAGCAACUCCGUGUCCUCCAAUAGCUCAGGCAAUGCGAGUAUACAGGGCCAGACGGGACCAAAUUGCAGUGGUGGUAGUAUUAAUGCCAACAACGGUGUAGGUGGAGUAGGCGUAGUGGGAUCUGUUGGCAACAUCUUAACACGGCGUCCGAUCGUUCGCAGUACGACACCCGCGCAGCGUAUCGGUUCAUCAACGUGGGAACCGAUGGGUAAAGGAUCAGGUGGUGGCUCAUCCGUUCUGGGGUCCUCUCCAACGUCUUUCGGUAUUGGACCAAUCCCGGGAGCGCCGAUACUUGGGCAGUGCAUUCCCGGUUGCAACAAUCAUGUAGCAGCUAAGCCCGCUGUUGGUCCUAGCCUUACGUUUGGUUUCGAUGGUCACGAGGAUGGACAAGUUUCGCGUCCAUGGGGUAUCACAGUUGAUAAAGACGGACAGAUACUGGUAGCUGAUCGGCGCAACAAUCGUGUGCAAAUUUUCUACCCCGAUGGUACGUUCAAGUUAAAGUUCGGCUCGAAAGGUACGGCAAAUGGACAGUUUGAUCUUCCGGCCGGUAUUUGCACGGAUGGACAGGGACGCAUCUUUGUGGUUGAUAAGGACAACCAUCGAGUGCAGGUGUUUUCGGCUGGAGGUCUGUUUCUUCUCAAAUUUGGCAGCUACGGCAAGGAAUGCGGCCAGUUCCAAUAUCCAUGGGAUGUAGCAGUGAAUACGAAGGGUGAAAUUUUAGUGACCGACUCACGGAACCAUCGGAUUCAGCUCUUCAGUCCCGACGGUCUUUUCAUUUCGCGCUAUAGCUUCGAUGGGGUGAAUCACAGCCGAUAUUUGAAAGGUCUAACGACCCCGCGUGGGGCUUGUUUCACACCGCAAGGAGACAUCAUCAUAUCAGACUUUGAAAACCAUCGUCUUCUGCUAAUCGAUGCGACUCUUUCAAAGGUGCUUGCUGCAAAAGGACACGAAGGUUCAGCAGUGCACGAAUUUAGUCGACCAUCGGGCAUUUGCUGUGAUGAUGAUGGGCGGGUGAUUGUUGCCGAUUCUAAAAACCAACGAGUACUGGUGUUUUCACCCCAACUAGAGUUUCUCUGGGCGGUGGAAAUUCGCCCAUCGUCCAAUGGUUUACUAGCCAUAGGCAUGGACGAAAAAGAUCGCCCCAGCGAUGUCGCUUUGUUGCCAGAUGGUCGUCUCGUGGUCAUGGUUGAAACAUCACCGGACGCACGAGAUCAGUGUAGUCCACAAAAAACAUUUAUUCAAAUUUACUAAUGUAUCGUGCCAUCUAAUCAGGCACCAUGCUAUGACCGGACAUUUGAGCAAUAUGCUUUUCAAAAUUGAACACUGGAACCAAACUGCCAAAAUAUUGUUCCAUAUAAUUAGUUUUCUCUAUCACAAAUCUACUUAUUACUGUUGAGGCUCUUAAAAAUAAGCAUAUAAGCACAAAGUAGCCGCAACACUGUAGUGAGAAACUAUAAAAACAUAGAAAAAAGUUAAAUUCUAAGAUUGUAUGUAUCGCAACGCUGCUACCUCAAAACUCGUUUGAAUUAGUUGUUAGUUACAUGAUUUUAGGUUUUGUGUUGGUCCUUAGCGACACUCCUUGUUUCACUCUCAAAUUAUGUGGGAGGUUAUUGAAAUGAUACAAAUUUUAAUUGUUUUGUUUUGGUUCAAAUUUUUACUAUAAAAGUGAAACCCGCAAUCCUGAAACCUGGAAGCUUAAAAAGAAUUUAAAUCAGUAACCGAAAAGUACAAGGAACAGUUUUUAUAAAACGACAAACGAUAAUGCAUACGCAGCACGAGAAAUUGACGAAACUAACUGUAAACGAACCGCGAAGCAAGAGGAAACAAAGCAUAAUAUUACGUUUCCUUUCGCCAUAAGCAGUGUUAGGAAGUUUGUUAGAUGUAAAGGAAAUGAUUGUCUUCAAAAAUAGCAAAUAUGGAUCAAAUCUAAAUGCCGAGAAAGGAAGUAAAUGAGAUGAUGAUGCAUCGUAAAUAUAGUACAAUUGUAGUAAUAGUUAAGCGCCUAGAGGUUAACAUGGCCAUGAUGAGGGCAAGCGCAUUCAUUGUGACACGCCGUGCACGGCACGUGUCUUUUAAUUUGAUAAAGAUGGUUUUAAUUUAACUUCUAUUUUAUAGAACGUGAAUGUUCUCUAAGUUUUGAUCCUCUCCAAAACGCAGUUUUGAUGUUUUAUUAGCAAAUUUCUUAGUCAAGUCCUAUAGACAAUGCGUAUUUAGACACUUAUUCAGCUCCGUUUGAUACUUUGUAUCAGGAGUAUAUAGGAAUUAAAAAAAAAAGAACAAAUGAAGGCAACGCAGGCGAAAGAAACAAUUCAAACGUAUAUUGUGAAUAUGAUUGUAACUUAUACAUUGUACUGAAGAACGCUACACAAUUUUCUCAACAAGACUGAACACUGAACGAUGAACAUAACAUAAACGAUGGAGCGUCUUGAACGGUUUUUAUGUGUUUACACGGAAUUAUAAUGAAUGGAGCCGUAAGGAAAAUAACCACCUCAUAUUUACGAAACAGCUAAAAUUGCAGAAGAUUCCCCAACUGAGAAAACGCAUAACGCCAGACACUGUUUUGUGUAGUAGAAGAAACAGGAACUUGUAGUGAAAAGAAAUCCAGAUUUUAUGCCGCAGCAUAGUCUGUAUCCCACCAACAAAGUUUUAAAAAGUUUUCUUUUGUUAAGACUGUGGCUUUGGCUUGUAUGUUGUUUGAUUUUGUGUCCAUUUUGCUGGUUUUAUUGAAUAAGUUGUUUAGUGUCAACGUAAAACAAAACUAUCCAGAGUUGUGUUAGAUAAAAAUGACUUUUGUUGCAUUCUGUUUGUAGGUUCUAAACCAGUAGACUGAUCUUUUGUGUGUAUUUUUUUUACUAGUCCAGAUGGGACAAUUAGGACACGGUCGUUCAAGGACUACGAUCAAAUAUUUUUAUGUAUAACAUUAUCAUAUCGUUUAGUGUCAUUUGCCUUGACAUUAUGUAUUAUUUGGCGCCAAUGUGCAUGGACGAACAUUGUUCGAUAUUCUUUUUCGAGCAUUUUAACGUAUUUAAGUAUUCUUUUCACGUGUAGUGUACGGUAACGUGUUGUUUCCGUAUGUAGUCAAUUUUAAUAGUACUUUAUUCUGUUGUACGUAAUGGAUAAAUGUUAAUGCAUCAUGUGUAAGAACCAGUUUCACAAUUAUUUUAAACUUCUCCUAUUAGCAGCUAACUGUAUUUCUUUUUUUGACUACUCUAUUCAUGUGCGAACAUGUCCCAGUCAAAAACGAAACCAGCCCUCUAUCAUUUUAAAUUUGCUAAUGUCAGCACCUUCUGACCACCCUAUGUUCUCUUUUAUCAAAUGACCAUUGAAUUACAAUUUUUGUUACUACCACGAAAGUACCCGGAUAGUCAAUACAAUCUGUUACUGUCCAACGGGGAUAAGCAGCAACACGGUAUAGACAUAUAUUUUAUUUGUGUACCGUUGUUUAAUGCUUCAAUAUAGCAUUUAUUGAAAUAUCGUCUAGCCAAUUUUUGCUCAGUUCCAAGCAUUAACAUUAGUAGUAAGUUCGUAUCCAAAUAUAACAAAUGAACCGUAUUAUUAAGGCUCGUUCUUAUCAAAAAGAUCAAUUAAAUUGAUAAGUGACAGCACGUUGAAGAUCAUAUCUUCGAAAUGAUCUUACCGAUCGAAGGAUUCUUUGAAUCUCAACACAAUGGUGGAUGAAAUAGCGAGGAGCAAAGAAAUGUAACAUACUUCAGCUUUUUCUUAAGCAGAAGCAAAGCAAGAUACUGCCAGCAAGUUGUUCAAUAUUUCGAAUAAUAUAGCGUAAGCUGAAUGUAGAUUUAAUUGCAUGCAUUCAUGCAUGCUUUGUACUGCAAGUGUGAAGCACCGUUCGGAAUAAUAUCUUAACAUUAAGAUACUUCUAUUUUAACAGAUAUGUAAGAAAUUAAUUACGAAACAACAACUAAAAUAUACCACUAGCCCCAGCUCAUUUAAAAUGACCAAAAGACGGCGUUCCGAGCUAAACUGAAAUAUAUAAACACUUGUGGGUAGGAUGUAACAGCCACACAAAACGUGUGAAAGCUGACCCAGAGUAGGAAAACAACCGUAAACAAAGUGUUUACAUGAUACACGGUACAAAUUUAUGCGUAUUCCCUUCAGUUCACGUGAAAUCUUUUUGAAAACAGAUAACCACGUAAAAUAUGAAUGGAACAGAGACAGAAGAAGAAAAGAAAAUAAUGAAACAAUGAAAUAACCACUUACGAAUGGGUGGAUGACUUCUAUUCCAAAAGCGGAAAUGCAAUGGCAAUUCAAAACUGCCACCAUUUCAAAAGUUGUGAUUUUGUAAGCGAAACCAAGUAGUGCAGACAGUAAAACGCGGAGAAAAACUACUGUGACAUGAAAGCUACUGAAAGUAUUUUGACACAAAAUUUAAGCAAAAAGGAGAUCAAAGGAAGUGAUUAAACUGCAUUAGACGAAGAAGGGACAAAUGACCAAAAUAUGCAGGAGAAAGAAGUGGAAAAAGCAAGAACUGUGUUCGUCGGAAAUGUUUUCCAACCAACACGUUGUGCCACAAAAAAAGAACAGAAAUUAAAUGCAAUACACACUAGCUUCAGAGGCACCCAAACAAAUGGCAACAGAUAUAGUGCUCGAAAGACUUCUCUAUGAGAGAGAACCGCCUAAAGCGUUUGGCAAUACUCUUUUGUUGAUGCCAUCGGUUCCGGUAGUGUCACUAAACUCUAGCGUAGUUAAGUUCAACCGGGAUAAGUCUAUAUGCGUGUAGAGAGGACGCACGUUGCAUGAAUGAAAUCUUUGCCCAAAUGAGAUGGCUGAUGAUAUUUUGCAGCAGAGCACAGCGAGAAAGCGCGCUAUAAACAGUAAUCAAAUUAUUAGCUAAAGUUGCCAUAAACAUGUAAGAACCGAAUAUUGCGAUAAAAGUUUAUAACACAAAAAAAACCUAAUGUGGAGUAUAUUUUAUGUACGCUAAAAAUAUUAAAAAAGACUAGUGAAACAACUGCAAAAUGCAGCAGUAACAACAAUGAGAGUAGAAAGAUGUCUCAACAGAGAAAGGAAUGCAAAAGCAAGGCAAAAACAUGUGAAAACAUUAAAAGAACUUGUGACAGGUGAGGCUAAGAUCUCCAUAAGACAAAGAAAUCAUUUGAUGAAUUUGUGAGCGAACUAAGCGAACGUUUAGAAAAGUCGUCUUUAUACAAUAGAAAUAUGUUUUUUUGUGUAUAUUAAGCAAAGCUCGCUGCUUUUUAUUCUUCGUAUAAAGUAUCAGGCUAGUUUAGAAAAAGAGUUUUCUUUCUAAAAAUGCUUCAAUUCCAGUCUUUCUAAAAUUAGCACGUAAACAUAACUAUCGCUACGUAAGUAAACGGUGUGUGCUGCACGUCUAAAACUAUGUGUGUUUAGUGAGAACUACAAAUUCGUAACAGUUUACAUUUCAUGCGAAGAGCGUAUGUGUGAAGAAGAAAAAUAUUUAAAUAACUAAAUUUUGGCUAGUUUGAAAAAAUAUUGAAAACUCUACAGAUGCCAAUGCACGAGCGAACUCGCUCUAUUGCUUUCUUCCUUUCUCACUUUGUCUUUCUCUCUGUCUAGGAGGGUGUUUGAUAUUUCUUGUGUAGAAAAUAUUGUUCACUAUCGCUUUAUAUAUAUCAUGAAAAGUGUAUGUUACGAUAAAAAUCCGAUUCUAAAUUAGAUACGUUUUAUUGAACCAUUUAUAUGCUUUAUGCAAUGCUACCAGAAACCAUUCACUCAGACUAACCUUUUCCCCUGCUAUACGGUUGUGUAUGUUUUGAUCAGUAAUGCAAUGAAAUGAAACAAUAACGCAUCACAAUUAAUACGUGUUUAACUAUCGAAAAGGCUGCUCGAAGCUCAAGCUUUGAACUCACAACAUUCAAACUGAAAUAUCUACAUAGCGAGCAGAUAACAAUUAGGUUGACUGAUCGAAACAAGUAAGACUGAACACAAUACGAAUUGUGAACGUUUUGUACAUUGGUGACAUUUUGCAUAUUUUGCGUAUCGGUGUACCAUGAACAGCUAGAUGAAGCUACUUACACACACGCCAGAUACAUCAUAUACAAAAAAAGUUAACGCAACAUUUUACUUCACAAUAGCUAAAUCAUACCACACCUCUGUAACAUUCUUAACAUGGGCAAGAAUAGCAACAACAAAAGAAAAACUCUAAAAUCGUUGCUUUACAGCACUAUCAUUUUGGAAAGUCUACCAAUUAUGUUUUAAUUUUACUUUAAUUCUCACCUGCGCUCACCCAAAACUCAGACAAGUUUCUGCAGAUGGCUUUUAUUCGAAUGACAACAUUAUAAAUUAAAAGCAAAAAUUACUAAACAUAACACUCCCCUUGACAAAGCAUAGGAUUUUUCACUAAGCAAAUGAUUGAGUAGUUCUCAACGCAGGAAGUUUUCUCAUAAAACACACCUGUGUAGGUAUUAAUCAAAGCAUACGAUUGUGUUCGUUAAAUUAGAUAAUUAAUCGCAAAAUAAUAUUAACGCAUACUAAAGCAGCAUGUGGCUAAAAACAAAUAUAAAAGCAACAAAUGUAACUACGUAAUAUAAUUCCUUUCACAGGAUAUUUGCGGUACAAUGUAAGUGGACGUAUAGUAAUAUUUUUUUACAACUGUAUUCAAACGAACCGUAUUUACAUACAUUUAUUAACAGUUAAUUUUGAAAUGACUUAACACGCAAGGAAAACCCGUCAGUUUUCCUACAACUCUCUCGCACUAAUUGAAAGAAUAAUUGAUAACAAAAAAAAUCGAUCGCGUUUGCUUUGCACCCGGCAUCGUUGAAAACAAUGAAGCAAGAUAUAAAAAUAAAACACAAGCUGUUUGACAAAGUACAACCUUAGCAAGAUGUAAGAAGAGUAAGCAAUAGAAAACGACAAGUUUAAAAAAAAUAGAACAUUUGAUCGAUCGUGACGAUUAGAUCUGUAAUUUAGAUGCUAUGAACAUGAAAAGAGAGAAAGAGAGCGUAGAAAAUAACACAUGCAAAGGAGUGGUUACCAACGACUGAUUUAUAUAAAGAACGUAAACUAAAAACAAAAAAAAAACAACAAAAACAAAUCCAUUAGUAAGCAAAAUGCAUGCAUGCAUUAGUGGCACGCAAAGAGAGCAGGACUACUUAUACGAACUGAAGCAACAAGCCAAUAAAAUUAGCUUAUCACACUACAGACGAAAAUGAACUACUAUAGCCACAUAAAUAUCCGUACAACGGAUGAAAAGAAUACAAAGAAAACAAAACCGCUGAUAAAAUAGCCGUUAAGCAUCACAAUCUUCUCCGUAGCGCGUAAUCGAUUCACCAUACCGCGUUCAUUGUUCACCAUAAAGUUCAUCACUGCAUAAAGUUUAUCACCAUCAUCAUCAUCAUCAUCAUCAUCACCAACAUCACUAGCGCACAUCGUCACCAUCAUAAAUAUGUUAAAACUUUCAUAUAACAAGUGCAGAAGGCGAACAAGGGAACGGGCGGGCAUGCAACGCAAUGUUUUUUUUUAUUAUAUACGUUUCUUCGAUUCGACCGCUAGCAUUAUGGCAACAACAAUAGCAAUUGUAAAACCAGUUCCAAUACCGAAGGUAAUUUUUAUAACAACACCAUUAGCAUUAAAAUGAAGAAAAUAAACCACCGGAAAAAUGUA